GCCUGGUCAUGGAAUACAUGAACGGCGGGUCGCUUCAAGAUUUAGUCGACAAGGGAGGUUCUCGGGACGAAGCUCUCUUGGCCAAGAUCGCCUACAACGUGUUGCGAGGCCUUAGUUACCUGCACAGCCAGGGCAAAAUCCAUCGGGAUGUCAAGCCUGG